AUGAAACACACAAUUAUAUCGCUUCUACAUAUAACAAUAGUCAGCAUCAUCUUCGUCAUACCAAUAGAUUCACAAAAUAUCAAGACAUUAUUAUUAACCGAAAGAAAUGAUAUCCGAUAUGAGUGCACCAAUUCAAGUUGUUCAACUCCGACGAUUAUCUUGGGAACAAAUUUAAGAGACUGUCAAUUGGCUUGUUUAACAGAUAAUAAUUGCCGUACAAUAACAUUUGAUCCAUCUAUCAAUCAAUGUGAAUUAUUUACUGAUAGUCCAAGUCAAUAUGGUAGUUUGAUACCGCAGAUAGGUGUUGUGACUUUCACUGCUGAUGAUCGACAGCCGCCAACUCGUAAGUAA